CCUGACCCUUUGACUCAAUGUCCUUUCUAUCUCAGCGCCGGGGGAAUUCAUGGGCUGUGGGUCAGAAGCGACCCGUGACUUGUAUUUCAUCUGGCCCGUGGCCACGAGGCCUUUCUCUUCAAAACACGCUCACGGGCGAUAUUCGUCCCUCACUACGAGCAACCUAAUCGCGUGUGUACUCUGGAGCUCUCACCCAGAUAUAUCGCCUCUAUUAGUGAGAGUAGAGCAGGCGCUGCGUUGCAUGAGUGCGGCAGAAGUGAUCCCGCACCUCCGAUUAGCACGGUUGGCUACGUGCGGUGCGAAAGUAGUUCGACAUACGUACAUAUUUAAUGUUUUCUGCAAUGUUACUACAUAACGUUAAGAUGUGUGUCAAUGUGUGACUGCAUCUCGAUGGUAUCUCAGAGUCCUGUUUGGCCCUCCAUAAGGGGAUGUUCCCCUUGCCGGGAAGCAGUUCCUAUGAUUAUCUGCCAAACGUGCAUAACAAUCCUGAUCUGGAUCAUGACAGCACUAAAGACAAGAACAAUUCCAGGAGGAUUAAAAAUGAUUUGAAACUAUGGAUUCUUGAGGCAAGAGACCUACCUGGGACCGGAGAAUAUUUCUGUAAAAUCUCGUUCUCAGCCGACCAACCGUGUGCGCAAACUUCCAGCAAGCGCACGAUGCCCGAUGUCUUCUGGGGCGAGAACUUCGAAUUCAGCGACCUCUCGGCUGUGAAGCAGGUCUUGGUUUCCCUGUACAAGGGCAAGGACAAGCACAGGAAGGGAAAGAGCAGUUACAUGGGGCUGGUUUCCAUACCCCUGGGCAGCGGAACAAAGUGGCACCAGUUCGUGGAGCAGUGGUACACCUUCAGUACCCCCAACCUCGGCAAGGGCAAGGGCGCGGUGCCCACGGUGCGCAUCAAGUGGCGGCACCAGCAGCUCAGCAUCCUGCCGAUGGAGCGCUACAAGGAGUUUGCCGAGUUCCUGAGCGCGAGCUGCCUGCCGCUCUGCCUGCUGCUCGAGCCGGUGCUCGGCGUCAAGAGCAAGGAGGAGCUGGCGCGGGCGCUCGUGCGCUUCCUGCACACCGCUGGCAGGGUCACGGGCUUCUUGACAGAGCUGGUGAUGGAGGAGGUGCAGCGCUGUGACCCGGACGUCCUCUUCAGACAGAACACCCUGGCCAGCAAGUCCGUGGAGCAGUUCCUGCGUCUCGUUGGCCAGCCGUACCUGCACCAAGUGCUGGGGGCUUUUCUGCAAGGCAUCAUCAGCAGACGGACUAAAUGUGAAGUGGACCCCAGUAAAUGCACUCAAUCGGAGCUGCAGCACAAUCAGAAGACCCUGGUGCAGCUGUGCAGCGAGGCCACGAGGAGCAUCAUGGCCUCCAUGGGCGUGUUCCCCGCCGAGCUGCGGGACGUCUUCUCGUCGUGGAGGAGGCUGUGCGAGGCGCGGGGCCGAGCGGAGAUCAGCGAGCGGCUCAUCAGCGCGUCGCUCUUCCUGCGCUUCCUGUGCCCGGCCAUCAUGUCCCCCAGCCUCUUCGGCCUGAGCCAGGAGUACCCUGACGAGCGCACGGCGCGCACCCUCACGCUCAUCGCCAAGGUCGUCCAGAACCUCGCCAACUUCUCCAGGUUCGGGACCAAAGAGGACUACAUGACGUUCAUGAACGGCUUCCUGGAGGGAGAGUGGAGCCCCAUGAAGCAGUUCUUGGAGGAGACGUCCCAGGAGAGCGGCAAUCCGAGCGCCCUCGCCCUGCAGGGCGUCGUGGACCCGGCCCAGGAGCUCUGCAGCUUGCACUCCCUGCUCAGCGACACCACCCUGCCCACGCAGGAUGAGCACAACACGCUGGGCCAGCUUGCCACAAUCCUGGAAGACAUCAGCCGCAAUCUGAACUCCGCGGUCUCAGCCGCGGGCGGCUCUGGCGGCGCGUCCCAGGUGUCUGCUCUGUGCCACCCUCCCUCCACAGCCAUGGCAGGAAGCGUCACAGCUGAAGAAGGAGCAGAAGGGGGUUCUGGCGCCCACAGUGACGCGCCACGUGAACAACUUCAAAGCACUCCGUCACUGGACCACGAGCUGCUAACGUGUCAACGGCCGGCCUUGCGAUUAGUAAACGCUCCUCACCAGCUCGCAGAGACGCCUCCAGAGAGAAGAGCUCCGAGCGACAGAGAGCCACGUAGCCUUGCGACAGAUAAAACCGCGCGGCCGUCACUCUUCUUCCGGAACCCACUGUAUGAUAGCCUGUGGUUGAGCCCAGCCUCUGGGGAACCCAAUGGCACGACGGAUCACGGACGGGACCCCCCUCGCUCCUCUCCUGCGAGCACGCGGCCGGCGCCGCACCCGUCCAGCGCGGUGCCGGCGGUGCCGGCGGAAGAUUCCGCCUCGAGCCUUCGCUCGGAGCCGGCGCGACGGCUCCCCGGCGAGGUGCCGGCCACGGGAGCGCCGUCCGUGGAGAGAGAGAGGCAAUACGUCUUACAGUACAGAACGCAGCUCGUUUUCAGCACUGCCAAAGAUAAAGUGAGCGGUCAGCACGCGAUGAUAUUAACGGGGGGGACAGCAGCCGAAAACUGGAACAAGCCCGGAGCUCCUUCUGCAGGCGACGCUCACGCGGGGGAGGCGACUCCGGAGGAGCAGGAGCGGGGCUGGGACGUCGCGCUCGGGGGCGCACUCAGGGAGAGCGACGCUGCUCCGCCACCCACCACCGACCGAGCGACCGGCUACGGGGAGGGCGACCAAGCGGGGCCGCGGGGCGGCACGGCAGCCGCUCCUUGCCGGCUUCCUCAAGCACGCGAGGACGAAGCGCAGAGGGCACGGCGGCGAGAGGGGACCACUGGCUCAGCGGACGAAGGGGCUCGGCCAGAUGCCCGCGCCCGGGACGAGGACGGAGUGAAGCACGCCAUCUGGUCGCCGCAUUCGCAGGAGCCCAUAACGCUGGACGGGCUGGUGUCUGCUGCUGAGGAAAUGCGGAACAGUUGCGAAGAGCUGCUGGCCCAGCUGAGAGCAGAGACUCCGGAAGAGACUGCACACUCAUAGCCGCUCUGCAACAGCUGCUGCCCAUAACAACACUAGACCCCGCUCCCCACUGCUACUUGCUCUCCUCCUUACAUAACGCAAUACGAAAACAUAACAGACUCAAAUUAUGCAACCCUAACCCUCGCCCUAAUCCUUGUGUAAUUAUUUAUGCUGCUUACGGACAAGGUAAUUCCACUUUUGUUCCUCCAUGUGAAGAACAUGAAAUGUUCCUAUAGGGAGAGAAUAAUCCAAAGGAAUAGAAAUAUAACCUGGACACAGGAAUUGUAAUGUGCGUGUGCCCCGGAAGGGUUACGCUAACAAUCGCGUGUGUGUGUGUGCGCGUGUGCGUGUGUGCGCGUGUGCGUGUGGGGAGCGGUAGUAAGAUGAUUAGCGCGCUGGGCUAUG